AGAGCACAGUGUUGUACAUUUAGAACGUUCACAAUGGCUACCGCGAAAGACACGUCUACUUUCUUUCUGGAGGCAGACGCGGAACAAUUCGACAGUGUUUUAAAGUUAUACCCACAAGCGAUCAAACUGAAAGCUGAACAGAAAACAAAGAAACCCGAGGAACUCAUAAAAUUGGACAACUGGUAUCAGAAUGAACUACCAAAGAAAAUCAAAUCAAGAGGCAAAGAGGCGCACAUGGUUCACGAGGAGUUGGUACAACUCAUGAAAUGGAAACAGGCUAGAGGAAAAUUCUACCCGCAACUAUCAUUCCUCAUAAAAGUGAACACACCAAGAGCGGUAAUGCAAGUGACAAAGAAGGCGUUCAAGAAGCUGCCCAACAUAGAGUCAGCGAUGACGGCGCUGAGCAACCUCAAAGGCGUGGGCACCGCGACAGCGUCCGCGCUCCUCGCCGCCGCCUGCCCGGACACCGCGCCCUUCAUGGCCGACGAAUGCAUACAGGCCAUCCCGGAAAUGGAAGGAAGCGAUUACACUGCCAAGGAAUACCUCAAUUUUGUUAAACAUAUUAGAAACGUCUGUGAUAGAUUAAAUAAGGAACAAAACGGCUGUGGUAAAAAAUGGUCCCCACACAUGGUCGAGCUCACACUAUGGACACACAAUAUAGUCUCCGACCUGCAGCCGGAACUACUCGGCAAGGAGCCCAAGCUGACCACCACCACACCCUCAAACGGAGGAUCCCCGUUACCCAGUGAUGAGAGCAAUUUGGAACCACCGUCGACGAACGGUAACGGUAAACUAGGCGUGGAAUCAGUGAACGACGACACGACGUCGUGCACGGAAGACUCGAUGGACGCGAAAGGAACGUCGCCCGCCACGCCCGCCACCCCCGCCUCACCCUCCGACAACUCCGACUCCGCUCUCAGCACGCCGCGCGCCAAACGACAAAUAGAAGAGGCGAGUUCAGCGGAGGAGAGCUCGCUGGGCGAGGCGCCGCUCGCCAAGAAGCUGCGGGAAGCGACGCACUGACCCCCGCGCACCCCCGCGCCCGUCUCUAGCUCUUAGACUAAAAUAUUGUACCUAGGUAAUUUAUUUUUCAAUUCCGUUUAAUUUUAAAUUUUAGCCUUAAGUUUUUAAGACCGGUCGAUUUUUGUAAGUUUUAUAGGGUAUUAUUAUUAAUAUUUCGGAUGCGUUUCGAAUUGGACGGACUCGCCGGGCGUUCGCACGCACGUGCGAUACGAGCGCCAUCGCGGGGCGGCUCGCGACAGGGCCUAGUGUUAGCUUUCGUUUGUAAUGUUUAAUGUUUGAACGUUCGCAUCCCGCGUGACAUUCCAAUAAUUGUAAAGUUAGAGCGAUGACCCAUUAGUGCGACGCGUCACGUUGCGUUUUCACAUUAAAGCGUUGCAACAACGAACCUCAGACCAAUUAUAGAAGGACCUGUAUCGCACUCAUAGUCACUAACAAAAUUGUCUGUCAUUUUCUGAGGAAAACGAGCUUGGUAUAUAUCUUAUACUAAACUAGAAGUUUUUGCCCGUUUUUUACACAAUCAAUUACACAAAAAGGUAUUUUUACGGAGCUCUUUAACCGGCGAACACGAUUACAACUGUUUAACGUCGAUUCUAUACAGACAGUUUUUAUAAUCGCAUUAGAUCGUUGAUCAUAUACUUUGACAGAAAAGUAACGUCUAGCGAGGCAGGUCCUAUACAAUAAUUGGUCUGAGCAACGAACCGUGUUUCAUUAUCGAUCCUUUGCGACGACGCGACGCGACGCACUGAUGAGGCAUCUCCCUGGGCGGCGAGGGGGUAGGGGUAGGGGGAGGUGGGUCACGCCGCAAGCUCCAGACAGAUGCCUUGACGUGGCCGAGCAGGCCGUCACUCCAUUGCCUUAUGACACAGUCUGCCCGCAGAGUUUAUAUGCAACAAGAGAAUACAAAGGUCGUGUUACCCGGGCGCCGGGCACACGGGCCCACAAUGUAGUUUUUAUUGAACAAAUAUAAGAUAUUAAUUUUAUAA